AUGACAGCAGGUUCUCUGGUGAUCAUCCUGUUAACAAACAAAGAUGUCAAAUGGUCUGAACUCCUUUAUCUGUCCUCCAUGAAUCAGUGUGAGGGGGGGGGGGCAGGCAGUGUCACAGGUGACUGGACGAAACAGAGAGAGACGGAGGGGAAACCAGAAGAAGAAGAAGAAGAAGAAGAAGAAGAAGAAGAAGAAGAAGAAGAAGAAGAAGAAGAAGAACAGAAGGUGACUGAUGGAGAAGAUACUGGGUUUAACCCCAGCUGGUGCAAACAGAUGAUGAUGAUGUGCUCAACACAACCAGCAGGGGGCUCUCUCCAGACUCAGGCUCAGGGUGGCGUCCAGGUGGCGUCUGACCGUCAUACCACCUCUGACCUCCAGGCGUCAUCUGACCUUCAUACCACCUCUGACCUCCAGGCGUCUUCUGACCUUCAUACCACCUCUGACCUCCAGGUGGCAUCUGACCUUCAUACCACCUCUGACCUCCAGGCGUCUUCUGACCUUCAUACCACCUCUGACCUCCAGGUCCAGCCCCCACGUCCACAGAGCCGGGACGAGUCUCAGCUCCUGUGUGACCAUCAGCUGCUCCCUCUCUCCUCUCAGUCUCCAGGUUGUCCUCUCCUGCCUCCUGCUGAUGAAUCACAGUCACAUGAGACGCUCGCUGAGUUUCACAGAGCUUUGAUAACUUUUCCCCCCGAGCAGCGGAGAGCAGGAGAAGCUGGAUUCGUGGAGGAGGGCGAUGAGAAGGUGUCAGGGUGUGGACCUGAGACUGAGGGUGAAGGUUUCUGCCUGAAGGAGGGAAGUUUAAAUCUUAGACAUGUAUUGUCCCGAUCAGCAGAGGAGACGAGUUCAGGGAAGCUGGGAGAUGGAAGGACGGAGGACACAGAGCAGAGUGGAGGAGAUACCUCAGGUCUGAAAGAGGCUUCACAGCUGAAAGAAAAGAGGCUGAGUCCUUCUGAAGCUGAGAGGAUGGGAACAGGAGGCGUCUGGUCGGGUGACAGAUGUGAGGAGCUGAGGGACGAUGUGGAGACCAGGGAGGAAAAGUCUGAGGAGAGGACAAGAAGAACGAUGGAGGAAGACCCAGGUCAGUGUCGUCUGGUUUCACUGUCACCAUGGUUACCAUCACCGACCAGGCUGUCACACUCUUCACCUGCCUGCUGACGUGGCUGCACCUCCACUCUCCUCCUCUCCUCCUCUCCUCCUCUUCUC